ACUCUUGGUGUCUUUACUGCAAUCAUAUUGAGCUUCUUCUUUUUAUAUGCAAUUAAGGAGAAAAGUCCCAAGUAAAAGGAUCUUGUGGGGUUCAGAUUUUGAAGUCUUUUAAGGUUUCUGGAGAUGGCUAGUGUCCAAGAUCAACUAGAAAUCAAGUUUAGACUGAUCGAUGGAUCGGAUAUCGGGCCAAAAAAAUUCCUUUCUGCAACCACUGUUGCAACCUUGAAGGAAAGUGUCCUUGCUCAAUGGCCUAAAGAGAAGGAGAGUGGUCCGAGUACAAUGAGAGAUGUGAAGCUCAUCAGUGCAGGGAAAAUAUUGGAGAACGACAAAGCAUUGGGAGAGUGCCAGAGCCCUAUUUGUGAUAUUCCAGGUGGAGUGACGACUAUGCAUGUCAUCGUUCAACCUCCUCUGGAGAAAGAAAAGAAAGAAAUAAACCAAUCGAAUUCGAACAAAUGCGUGUGUGUCGUAUUAUAAUCUGCGGUUUGACGAGGGACGACAUGAUUUUCAGGUGAUGAAGAGUGCCAAAACUGGUAUAGAAAAUGAAGUUGCAGACUUACGGAUCGAGGAUGGCGAUUGGCAAUGGCAUCCUGCGUGUUUAUCAUAUAGCUGCUCAUGUUUGGUGUUUUCUCCUUCUUUUGCUGUUCUAUUCCUUAUAUGUGUAAAUAGAUGAUUGUCCGUCCACUUAGUUCUCUCUGUUGUUUUCACAUAAAUUAGGCUUGAAUCUCG